UGGCCGUGCCGGCGAUCUUUCUCCUUGGGAUUUUCGUUUUAUUCGUGGAACCGCCGGUGAUUGGGACAGAUACAUACUCCUAUACGCAUAGUCGCAUAGCACCGGAAUCAAGGGGUCAAUGGUCAGGUUGUUUCUUUAAGCAAACAGGACAUGGACAUGCAUUCCCUCGACAUGAAUCCCUCAAAGCUCAAACUGGCCACCAUCUGUCUAUGCAUCAACCAUCAAGCAAUGUCUCGGUCAAAAAGGAGACGGGCUCGAUGUCUGUACCCAACUUGCCAACAAGCUCAACGGCCCAGAUCUGCCUAACAAUCACUGAAAGAAGCUAACUUGGCCGAUUGUUCAUGCAGCUCUGCCUAACAAUCACUGAAAGAAAGGUAACUUGGAGAUGUAAGCUGGAUGCGGCGCUGUGCAUGCAGCCAUGCAGCGCUUUGGGAAGAAUGACACGGGGCGGCGGCGGAAGCAGAGCAAGGCGAGGUGAAUGGGAGAAGCGGUUUUUUCUUGCUAAUUUUCAGGAGACGUUACCAGAGAGACGAGACUGAAUCAAUGGGUGAAAAUAUGAACAAAUCGCAUGGUUCGAAAAAAAAAUGAACAAAUCAAUUUACUUCCGAUCGAUCGGAACCCCCGAUGAUCAAUUUACUUCCAAUCGAUCGGAAGUUCGGAACCCCCGAUGAAUAGUGUUUACCUAUUCUUAUUCUCUUCCCAAUUUUGACUGUGAUUGUCUUUGAUCUGUCGAUCCCGUAAGACACGGCCGUCCCUCCUACUCUAGUCCUCCUUGUCUGGAAGAAUCGCCGGCGGCAUUCCCUUACCCGGCAUUUCUCCUCCUUACCAACGCUCGAUCUCAUGGCGCCGAAGGGAAAGAAUCUGCGCGGGAAAGUGAGAGGGAGAGGGCCGGCAGCAACCACCGCACGGUCUUCUCCGGCAACCAACCGUCGACAAAGUACUCAAACUCCGGACAGAACCGAUGCAGGAGGAACACAACCAGUGAUUCAUCAUCAUGAAAUGAUCAGUAGGUCCGUCCAGUUUAUACGACAAACCAGAGGAAUUACCACAGCGCAGGCAUGUGAGUUUUUGAGAGCUAUGGGUGUCAACGAAGAACAGCUUGUUCAGGCAAUUAUGCAAGUGCGUGAUCCGCUUGCUAAAAGUUUUAACUGUGAGAUGAAGAAUUGUUCUUCCCAAUUUUGCGCUAAAGUAAAUUUAGCGAGACAUAUGACAACGCAUUCUGCAACUUCACAGUCGAAGAUUGCAUGGAGAGAUGAGUUUGAUUUACACUGGCAGCGUUUGAGUGUUAAAGAUAAAACUUCAAUGGUUUCGGCAAUUGAAUAUAAACUUGAGGCUAUUUUUCAUCAAUCUAUCGAUGAUAUGCUUCAAGAGGUUGCUGAUAGCCCGGACUCUAAGUUUCUUCCACUAGAGUUGGUGACCAGUACAGACCGCCUUCGGAUUAUUAAAACAGCAAGGCGCUCUGAAAGUUCUGAAUUUCAGUUGUUGGAAUUUCUGGACACCUGCAGUGAGGGAACAAUAUUAUGCAAUGAUAUCGCAAAGAUUCAUCCGCCUACAUACUCGCCGUCUCAAAGAAUUCUAGAAACAGAAUUGACCGAAAUGCUUGCGUACUACAGUUGGUUCCUCGAAAGUCAAUUGGUUGAAAACCUGCUACUUUUCAAGGAAAACCUGGCGGAUGAUUUGAUCAAGAAGGAGCAGGAAAGACGUCAGAAAAACCAAAGGUCGGAGCAGGAAGCCAAGGGAGGGAAUACGAUGCAUGAUCUGCCCCCCGUUGACACUUCAAUUGAUGAAACUGCAGCUGUAUCAUCAGAAGCUGCAGCUGAAUCAUUUGAUGCAGCUGAAUCAUCAGUCACUGCUCAUGCUGAUCUUGACCUUAAAUCGGUGUAUGAUCGUUUUUUGGACGUACUCAGGAAAUUCAGCUUUCCCAAAAGUAAAUCUAGUACACCUUAUUUUAAAGGCCAGUUAGAAGCAAUGUACUUCUGUGGUGAUAUUCACAUGGCAAUCUUUUAUUGGAUUAUCAAGCAGCAAGACAAGGGGCUAGCUCUCACAAUAAGGGAUUAUAAAGAGAGGGUUCACACAUCAUUGAAAUCUGCGCUUCAACAGUUUAUUAGUGAGAUGGGAUAUGCUGCUAAGUUGCCUAUCGAUAAGAUAGAAUUUGAAAUUGUAGACUGUCCUCCCCUAAAACGUAAGAAAUCUGUUGGUUUCAAAGCAUUGUAAGAUAGUAUUAAGUGUAUUAAGUGUGCCUAGUUUUAUUUUUUUUCCAUUUUAGGCUUUUGAGCCUUGUUAAGUGGUAGUUGAUUUCCUAAGAUCCGGGCAGGCUUUAGUGGUCGUGGUCGCCUGGAGUCCUUUGUCCAGUUUUCUGCUACAGGUUUGAGGUCGUCAAGCAAUUCAAGACGGAUGCAUCUCAAUGGGAGUCUACCAGCGGACAGGUCUUUUCGUCUUGGCUGCAGAUAGAAAAGUAUUCAGUCAGGUCGCUCUGGUUUUCAGUCUUAGGCUUCAGCUUGUUUUCAGUUUAGCAUGUUCUUGGUUUCAGUCUAGACUCUGAUUUGGUCGUCUCAUGUGCUGUAUAAGCUCGUGUACUUUGCCUCUCCAAGGCUUUCUUCUUCCUAAUUAAUC